AUGCCUAAAACUUCCAAAAGUUCCGUGCAGCCCGUGCCCGAGAAGCGCGGUUACGAGUUUGGUGGACCACUGGGUGCCUUCGGAAUCACCUUCGGUCUUCCAAUUCUUGUCUACCUCAUCACCUUCGUCUGCAACGAUGUCACGGGCUGUCCUGCACCAGGCCUGCUGAACCCCUCGACCUUGACGCUCGAGCAAUUGAAAGCUGAGGUGGGCUGGCCAGAGCAAGGCGUGGCGGCACUCUAUGAUACCAAGGUCACUCUGUGGGUUCUAAGCUAUUAUGCCUUCAGUUUGUUCCUGCAGGUCUUCCUUCCCGGCCAGGAGGCAGAGGGUGUUGAACUGGCCUGCGGAGGACGCUUGAAGUACAAAUUCAAUGCUUUCAAUUCCGCCUUGAUCAUCCUCUCCGGCCUCGCGGGAGGCACCUACCUCUACGGGGCCGACUUCGUGGUCUGGACUUUCCUCUGGGACAACUAUAUCCAGGUCAUCACUGCAAACCUAGUCAUCUCAUCAUCGAUUGCUCUGUUUGUCUACGCGAAGAGCUUCACGGUUCCGGCACCUGGAACGGCAAACGUUGGCCUACGCCAGCUCGCCCCAGGCGGCCAUACGGGCAAUGCUCUGUACGACUUCUUCAUCGGCCGGGAGCUCAACCCGCGUGUCCGUCUGCCUAUUCCCUUUGUCAGCGAGGCUUCGCGCACCCUCGACAUCAAGGUCUUCAUGGAAAUGCGGCCAGGUCUUCUAGGAUGGACAAUUCUGAACCUGUCCAACGUGGCCCACCAGUACCGCACCUACGGCUACACCACCGACUCCAUUGUGCUAGUGACUAUUUUCCAGGGAUUCUACAUUCUGGACGCCCUCUACAUGGAGCCAGCAAUCAUGACUACCAUGGACGUCAUCAUGGAUGGAUUUGGCUUCAUGCUCUCCUUCGGCGACGUGGUCUGGGUCCCGCAUCUCUACAGCGUUCAGAGCCGUUACCUCUCUGUCUUCCCCUAUGAGCUUGGCUUGAAUGGCAUGGCCGUCGUUCUGGGCGUUACCGCCGCUGGAUACACCAUUUUCCGUGGCGCCAAUAACCAAAAGAACCGUUUCCGCACCAACCCCAAUGACCCUCGUGUCAAGGACAUCAAAUACAUUGAGACUGCCGCUGGAUCCAAGCUCAUGAUCUCUGGCUGGUGGGGCUUGGCCCGCCAUAUCAACUACCUUGGCGAUUGGGUCAUGUCUUGGGCUUACUGUUUGCCCACCGGUGUUGCAGGCUACGUUCUGAUUGAGAGCAUCAACCCUGCCAGCGGUGCGGUCCAGAAGCAAGCUGUGCAGACACCCGAGGUCCGUGGCUUUGGUAUGAUCUUCACAUACUUCUACAUGCUGUACUUUGGGAUUCUUCUGAUCCAUCGUGAGAUGCGUGAUGAGGAGAAGUGCGAGAAGAAGUACGGUGCGGAUUGGAAGCGUUACACUUCAAUUGUGCGCAGCCGCAUCAUCCCUGGAAUCUACUAA